CAUUUCUAUGCGUCAAGCUUUACCGGAUUGUCGUCUUCAUUCGACAUAAGAUAUUUGUAAUAACAUUAAAUGUGACGCUCCUGUCAGACUGCUUUUGAUCCUAAAUUCAAGAACCUCGACAUUAUAAAUACAAAAUAAAUGUGAUUGAGACCGCUGUCUAUAUUAAUCUCAAAUCCGCGGAGUGUUCUUCAAUUAUAACUUCAGUGAAGGAUGAUUUGACAUUUAAAAUACUAUACUGUUUUGUCUCUUUUUCAUUGUCAUUAAAAUGUCACAUGUGCAUUGGAUGUGAAGGCUAAGAAAUUAAGUUUCAGAUACAAAACAUAAUCUGUGCAGUGAGCAACUUAUAGCGGUCGGGGCGGGGACCUACUGCGGCAAAAAUUAUAACCUGAAAAAAUACUGCAUAAUAUUAUUUAAAAAUGCAUCUGACUGGAAAGAUUAUGUUGGUGAUUUCGAUGUGGGCUUUAGUUCAGUGUUCGCCGUUUGAUGAUGGAAAAUAUAAACAUAAGACAUAUGAUUUUUACGACGACGGAAAGUAUUACAGGCCUUUGACCGAAGGGAAAUAUGUACCGACUGAUGAAGGGAAAUACACUUAUAUAUAUCAAAGAGGAGUUUAUCCCUAUGACGGUACCUACAAACAUUUAGAGAGAGGAGAUUCAAAUGAUUACAUUGGCUACCAAAUCUACGCUCCUCGGUUCCCAUUCGUUCACAAUGUGAUUAAGUCAAUAUUAAGAAAAUAUAUUUCACCGGACAUCAUAGUCAUCGGUGAGGGCUUGGAAGAAGAAAGUCCAGAAAGCUUAAACCAUGUUAAGGCUGAAGACGAAAUAGCUAUGAAAUGCCGUGUUAUCGAUUCAGAUGCCAAAAAUGAAACGGAAGUCGUUAAACCUUUCCCUCCCCACCUAAACAUUAAGGAAGGUGAGAAGUUGGGUACAAUUUACAAUUUCAAAGGAAGCAAAGUGUUAAGUCCGGCCAAGGAUCCCUUAACAAAGAAAGUCAAAUUAGAAUACGAAGUGUUCGUGAGGAUUGUAGAAGAUUUUACAGAGUAAUAUAGAUUAUGUAAAUUAUGAAGCUAUACGUUAGAUACUUUAAUACAGCCGGAUGUUAAAUUAUAAUAAACUAUUACUAAAAACUA